GUCAUUUAUCAGUCUGAUAGUAAUUACUUUUUACUUCAGGUGAAACAUGAAAAAAGCAUAAAACCAAUUAUCUAGUAGAAUUUAGGGAUCAAACAUAAUAAUGUUUUUUGUAAAAAAUAUUUUAAAGCUGAAUUAUAAUGUGAAAUACUGUACAUGUGUCUCCAACCAAUUAUGAAAUGAUAUGUUACGGUAUAACGUUUUAAUCUUAAAACACUAAUUUUGAACAAAUAAGGGCGUCAUGAUGGAAUAUGAAUACGGUUCUUUUAGAAAAGAAUCGGAUUUUCAUAAUAAAUGCUGCGGCGGAAUGUUAUGGUGUAUUAGAGAUAUUUGCGGCAUAAUUUGUGCAAUUUUAACUUGGUUAUUGAUAUUAUAUGCAGAGUUUGUUGUUAUGUCUGUUAUACUCAUUCCUAGCCCCUAUCCAGUGUACAGUAUUAUCCAUAUGGUUAUAUUUCAGCUAUGUGCGUUUUUAGCAAUAACAUCACAUUUGAAAACUAUGUUUACAGACCCUGGAGCAGUUCCGAAAGGAAAUGCUACAAAAGAGAUGAUUAAACAAAUGGGUUUUAGAGAAGGGCAAGUAAUAUUUAAAUGUCCAAAAUGUUGCAGUAUCAAACCAGAUAGAGCUCACCAUUGUUCAGUUUGUCAGAGGUGCAUUAGGAAAAUGGAUCAUCAUUGUCCAUGGGUGAAUAAUUGUGUAGGAGAAAAUAAUCAAAAAUACUUUGUUCUUUUCACUCUUUAUAUUGCCACCAUAUCACUUCAUUCACUCUUUCUGGCCAUCGACCAGUUCCUUACAUGCAUUCGCCAUGAAUGGAAAGAUUGUACAACAUAUUCACCUCCAGCUACAGUAGUGCUUCUAUUGUUCCUCAUGUUUGAAGCCUUACUAUUUGCCAUAUUUACUGCAGUAAUGCUUGGUACGCAAGUUCAAGCAAUAUGGAAUGACAAGACUGGAAUUGAACAGUUGAAAAAAGAAGAGGCUCGGUGGGUAAAAAAAUCAAGAUGGAAAAGUCUGCAAGCUGUAUUUGGACGCUUUUCCUUACUAUGGUUUUCACCAUUCGCUAGCCCAUCAACACCUAAAUUUAAAAAUGAAUGUGAAUUGUAUGCAGUUUAAGUUAUUUAUUUAUAAACUUUUUUUAUUAAAGCUUUUUGUUUA